UUGAAUUAGAAUUUGAAUAGUCAUUCGCUAGAAUAGUAAAAUGUCCGAAUCAACCGAUAUGGACUGCGCCAACUCAGAAUCCAUGCUGAUUGGAGUCCAGCAUGUGGGCGUGACAGCCAAAAUACAAUCACCACUCAAGAAGGUCCGUCCCCGCAUGGAAGUGUCUAGCGAAUCGGACAUGUAUCAAGAUGCCCAGAUCAAAACACAAUAUCUUGCGUUCAAAAACGACCGAUUGCAAGAGACAACCGGCAACACAACGGAUGGCAGCUCACCGCCCGCUCUGUACAAGAUGCGUGCUGAGCCAGAGAAUUUACUUCUGGGUAGCGUGAAUGAAAAACCGGAACGCAUUGAGUUCCAACGCUACUCGAAGCGGCGUCCUCGUGUCUUUGUGCCACUACGUGGCCGUGCCGGAGUCCACCCCAGAUCAAAGUCGAACAAGGCAUCCCAGGCGCCGCAGCUGACGAAGAAGAAGAAGGAGAAACCAGGCAUUGUCGACCGUCUGAUGCACGCGCUGGACAACAUGUGCAAGUGCCAGCCACAGCACUCGCAAAGCCUCAUCGACGAUCUGCCAGAGCCGCACUGGAACAAGAAAGAGGAAUCGCGCCACACGUGCAUCGGCAUCUAUCCGUUCGAGCACGGCUGUGCGGAUUACCUGAGCACCACGGACACCCAUCCCAGGAUCAAUGCCAUUGUCCUCGCCGAUCGGGCCACCACCUAUGCCACCCACUUC